GCGCCCAUGAACAUGUGAAAUUUUGAGAAAACACUUCUGAAUUAUAUAUUACGUGAUUUUUUUCAACAAUUUACACAUUUGUCAUAUCAGACUAGGAUUGUUAUUGAUAUGAUAGGCUUAGCUAGUCAAGACAUACUUUAUUUAGUAUAUUUACUCAACAGCUGAAAUUGUGAAAUCCCAUACAUUGAACACAUUUUGUGUUUAUUGUGACAGAGCAGAGUAACACGGAGACUGCACCAAACACUUGACAUGUCUAAUUCAAAAUUAAUAAAUCCCAAGAAGAAGAGGCGAGUGUUUGCCACCAAAGAGUCUCCAUUCCCUGUCCCAAUAGCAAGCAUUACAGGCGAGCCACCAUCAGAGACGCAAUGGAUGUACUACACCGGGAACUUGGUGGGUAACCAGGUUAUUGUCCACCACUCAGGGGAUAUCAGCUUCUUGUACAAAAUGGGGUUCUUUGGGAAGGGAACUCUCUCCAGGAGUAAACCAGAAUUUAAUCAGAGAUGUAAGAUGGCAACACUUCCCACAUCAGGGGGAACAGAUACAUGCAGGGUGAUCAGUCGCAGGAGCUACAUAAGAAGACUCAAUUGGAAAAGUGGAAAAUCCAACUCACAACAAGAUGAAUAUGACAGUUCUCAGGAAUGGGAAUUCUGGGAAGAUGAAAAAAAUCACAUGGAUGUUGAAACAAACAAUGUUCAACAUUCUGAUUUACCUUCAACCAAUAUCAAGGAGGAUAUCAGAAAUACUUCUAAAAAAGAUUUGAUUGGUCCAGAGAUCAGCCAAUCAGCUGAUGACGAUGAGUGGUCAGCAGCUGUGGAAUCCUGGGAUAAUGCCGAGGCAGAUGAGGAUUUCUGGGGAACAGGAACAGAUGAUAAGACACCAGACAUUCCUUCAUCAUCAAAAGAAAGUACAGUACCUGUACCAAGCACUGUGGCAGGAGGAAAACAAGAGUUAGAUACACAGGAAUCUUCAAAGUGUAAUGAUGAUUUAAUGGAAAUUAAAAGGCCCACAAAUGUUUCCAAUCUAGACAAAAAUUUACAAUGUGAUCAUUCCUCUUUUGAUAAUGUACCUGAUGGUGAUGGUGAUGGUGAUGAUGAAAAAUGUUCAAGAGCAGAACAGUCAAAAUGUGUACCAAGUUCUGAAAAUGUCAAUCAAGUGGACAUCGAAGACAACCAGCCUACAAACGUUUCUCAGUUGUGUGUCAAGGAGACCAAGAAGAAAGAUUCGCAGAAUGAACGUGAUAAAGAAAUAAAAGAAACUGAUCCAUUGUGUCUGUCGUCGGAGGAGCAUGGCGAACUGUUUGUGAUGGAGGAUUCUGAUAACGAGGGUGAGGGUGGGAAAAGGAAAUGGAAAGAGCCCCAUUGGAGACCAGUGGUGAAAGAGGAUCCAUAUUUUGUCAAAGAAUUUCUCCAUCUUAGCUUAGAAGAAAGUUUCUUCUUGGCUUAUGGGCUUGGCUGCUUAAGAGUUUAUGAGAAUGAAAAGCUUUUAAAUCUCACAGACUUGUGGAGAGCAUUCUGCCAGCGACACAACAGAUUUAUCUCCCUUUAUGUUGCUUACCAUUACUUCAGGAGUAAAGGAUGGGUUCCCAAGUCUGGACUCAAAUUUGGAACAGACUUCAUUAUUUACAAGGAAGGUCCACCAUUUUAUCAUGGAAGUUAUUCCGUAAUAGUAAAAAUGGUGAGGGAUGAUGAUUUGAAAGAAGAAGAAAAUUUGCCAACUUUGACCUGGACACAAAUAGCUGGAUUAAAUCGGCUAACUGAACAUGUAGCAAAGCAACUGCUGAUAUGCUAUGUCAUAAGACCUACACAUGUAAACUCUGACCUGAUGCUGUCUCCAAAUGUGAUCAGCCAAUUCAAAGUAAAGGAAAUAGUGGUUUCACGCUGGGUUUCUUCACAUGAGAGAGAAUCAAAGACCUCAGAAGAAAUACCCUGAUUACCGUCCGAGUUAAUAAUAUACAUUUUACC